CUUACUCUAUUCUUCUGUCUCUUGUCUAUAUAUUGUGGUUUUCUUCUCUUUGUUGUUGUGAAUUAAGGGUCUUGCAUUGACUUUAAUCUGAUCAGAAUGGCAACCACGGCCGGUGGGAUUCAUGAAGUUAAGGGGUUUCAGAACAGUGUAGAGAUCGAUGAACUUGCCCUUUACGCAGUUGAAGAACAUAACAAGAAAGAAAAUAAGGUUGUUGUGUUUGAAAAGGUGGUGAAUGCAAAGGAACAGGUGGUUGCUGGCACCAUCUACUAUCUCACUCUGGAGGUGGUUGAGGAUGGAAAGAAGAAGAUCUAUGAAGCCAAAGUCUGGGUGAAGCCAUGGAUGAACUUCAAGGAACUGCUGGAGUUCAAGCCUGUUGGUUAUUCUACGGCCUAGUUUUACUUCUUCCAUUGACUAUUCUCUCAAGAAUUUGGUAGGGAUACGUUGUAGAAGAAAAUAAUGUAAAUGCCUAUUAAUUAUGUUUAAUAAGGCAUCACAUUGUCAAAGUAGUUACAAUGUUUCAAGAAUGUUUUUAUUCAAUAUCUUGUACAAUAAGCCAUGAUGGCAUUGCUGUAAAUAAUGUGUAAUUUCAUAAGACAUAAUGUCAUUUUCGUAAUUAA